GAGUGACGGCCAGGAAGUGAUGGUCAGACAGACUCAGGUGGCCGUUAUUGAGGACAAUACACCAGCGUUGACAAGCCCAGAACCGUCCUAUCCUGAAAACCUGACGUGUCUCGAAAAAAUUCGUUGUUGUCAAGGAGACUGUAGCUGUGGUCCAUUCAUACACAUCAACCAGUCUUUCAACAACGGCGCUAAGCUGAUAACAGGCUAUGGAAUCGCAUUGACCGUGUGGCGUUGGAUCAUAGGAUUGGCUGCUGUUAUCACUCUGGCUGGAAGUUGUGCCGUAAGUGGCACCUAUUGUUUGGUCAAAGCCGCCAAGGAGAGCAUAUUCUGGGCGGUGGUCUUGUACCUGCACAACCGGGACGCUCCGGUUGAGGGCCAGACAAAACAACUCUACCACAUCUACCUAGUGGUCGAUCUGAUUAUCUCCGUUAUCUGGUUUUGUAUAGGUUGCGGCCUAUACGCUCUCGGCUGUGAGGGGGACGACCGUAACGCCGCCUGGACGCUGGCUCUGCUCACAUUCCUCAUGGAUACAUUCCUACCGCACGUGGCACUACUCCUGGCAGCGCUGGCCUGCAUUUUUAUAAUAUUUUGUCUGGCAGCUACGAAUGAUUAACCUUUCAAUAAUUAUGAUUUUUUAUAGGAACAUUUUAUGAGAUGGUAAAUAGGACAUAUUGAAAAACAAAACACUCUUACCACUUGCACAUGGUUUACUUAAAUAACUCCCAUUAAGUAAGUCACAAUUAUAUACUCAGCCGUCGAGCAAUGGUAUGGCAGAAGAGAGACUAAGAAAAAAACAACAUUUAUGCUUACUUCUCAAUUCUGUAAAUGUUUACUUUAAUUGCUAAUAGAACUAAUUCUUGAUAUCUCAUACUUUCAAAUAUUGAAUAUCAGGAUAACAUUGUGAUUAUAUGUCUACUUGCCAUUAUAUGUGUUUUUGAACUAAUGAUAUUAUCAAUAUAUAAAUUCUGGUUAAACACAACAGUAUUACUUCUUCAAAGCUCCGGGCGCCAUAUCGAUUUCGGCCAAUGUGAAGUCAUUUGUGAAAGUAAAAUAUCACCUGUAUCGACUCCUUGUCUUCAAUGAUAAGUAUUGGAUAUACGAAAACCACAUAGUAUAUCAUCUAAGUUACCAGACAGUUCUGAAAUCUAGACACUAAGUGGGAACCAAUCGGAACGCCUCGGCCAUUUUCCAUCGAAAACAACAUCGGAUGUACAUGGACGGUUUACAAUGAAAGAAUCCUUUACUACGCUGCAAGUAGACCGCGUAGUAAUUUCAAUACAGCAGUUAAGCAUAAGACCAUUACUCAUAGGUCAGUCUUAAUUAUUUAUGCAAUA